GGAGGGGUCCCAAAAGGCCCUGAUCCAGGGCGACCCCUCAAAGCCUCCCCUGCUCAAAGGCCUCCGAAGAAGCAGCCCUCACUCUCGGGAGGGAAGAUCCUCCUGAGGAUGGCUCCCUUGGGUCCCACUCUCUGGAGCAGCAGAAAAGAAGCUUGCUUGUGAUGCCACUGAGCCUUCUGUGUCAGAGAGCAGAAGCAGCAGGGGCUUUCCAGAGCAUGGAGCCCUGGCAGUCAAAGCCAGGUCAAGCCGCCUUGUUUCCACGGUGCAGAAGCUGUGGGGAGAGCGUCUGGGACGAUGACUGGAGGGAGGCAGGGUAAAACCCUCUGGUUGGCCUCAGGUGAUCUCUUGAUGAAGCCUAUCCUAGAAGCAGCCGGGAAAGACAUUAGCCACUGGUUCAACCCUAAAACCAAAGAUAUACAGACACACAUUGAUCCUCUGACGGGAUGCCUGAAGUAUUAUACCCCGCAGGGCCGCUUUGUACACGUUCCCCCUCCGCUGCCUCGUUCAGACUGGGCCAAUGACUUUGGUAAGCCCUGGUGGAAAGAUCCCACAUAUGAGGUGGGCAUCUUGUCCACCAAAACAAGGCAUAUACGAAUCAUCAACACUCUGACCUCCCAGGAGCAUACCCUUGAGGUAUGUACAGAAGAAACCAUGUGGGAGAUCCUGCGACGAUAUCUCCCUUACAAUGCCCACGCUGCCAGCUACACGUGGAAGUAUGAAGGCACCAAUCUAGACAUGGACAAGAAUCUUCAACAAAACCACAUUGCAGAUGAGGAUGAGGAGUUCUACGAGCUCAACAUGGAUGCCGAUUCAUGGACACCAGCCAUCUUACUCUACUUCAAUGAUGAUCUCACUGAGCUCUAGCAAGCCCCCCGAGAGGAGAAUGGGAAAUGUUAUGUCAGGUACGAAGAAGACAGCAAGACAUGGCCCUGGUGAAAUUUCAUGCCAGACUUGAGGCAGCAGUGCUCCAAUAUUUCAAAGAUACGCUUUCUGAUUUAGAGAAGCUUAUUUUUUUUCUUAUAACAAAUGAAUCUAUAUCUGCUGAACAAUUAAAGUCAUUAUCAUAA